GUGGACGCGCCUGGGGCUGCGGGGCUGCAGGAGGGAGCUCGGGCCGCCACUGCCGCUGUCGCCGUCGCCGCCGUCGCCGCGAUACCCGCGCCCGUCCGAAGUCGCCUCGCCCCGGCCGCCCGCGCCGUUGCAGAGGGCGUGCACAUGGCGACCCAGGCGCACUCCCUCAGCUACGCGGGCUGCAACUUCUUGCGCCAGCGUCUGGUCCUGUCUACUCUGAGCGGGCGCCCUGUCAAAAUCCGAAAGAUUCGGGCCAGAGACGACAACCCCGGCCUCCGAGAUUUUGAAGCCAGCUUCAUAAGGCUGUUGGACAAAAUAACUAAUGGUUCUCGAAUUGAAAUAAACCAAACAGGAACCACCUUGUAUUAUCAGCCUGGCCUCUUGUAUGGUGGGUCUGUGGAACAUGACUGCAGCAUCCUUCGCAGCAUUGGGUAUUAUCUGGAAAGUCUUCUCUGCCUGGCUCCAUUUAUGAAGCACCCGCUGAGAAUAGUUCUGCGAGGAGUGACCAAUGACCAGGUGGACCCUUCGGUUGAUGUUCUUAAGGCAACAGCGCUCCCUCUAUUGAGACAGUUUGGGAUUGAUGGUGAAUCGUUUGAGCUAAAGAUUGUGCGACGGGGAAUGCUCCCUGGAGGAGGAGGUGAAGUGUUUUUCUCAUGUCCUGUAAGGAAGGUCCUGAAGCCCAUUCAGCUCACAGAUCCAGGAAAGAUCAAACGUAUCAGAGGAAUGGCGUAUUCGGUACGCGUAUCACCUCAGAUGGCAAACCGGAUUGUGGAUUCUGCAAGGAGCAUCCUCAACAAGUUUAUACCCGAUAUCUAUAUUUACACAGACCACAUGAAAGGAGUCAACUCUGGGAGGUCUCCGGGCUUUGGACUGUGGCUGGUUGCUGAGACCACCAACGGCACCUUCCUCAGCGCUGAACUGGUCUCCAACCGCCAGGGCCAGGGGGCAGCGGUGCUUCCCGAGGACCUCGGCAGGAACUGUGCCAAGCUGCUGCUCGAAGAAAUCCACAGGGGUGGAUGUGUGGACUCGACCAACCAAAGCCUGGCUCUGUUACUCAUGACCCUUGGACAGCAGGACGUUUCCAAAGUCCUUCUCGGACCACUCUCUCCCUACACGAUAGAAUUUUUGCGGCAUUUGAAGAGCUUUUUCCAGAUUAUGUUUAAAAUUGAAACCAAGCCAUGUGGUGAAGAACUCAAGGGAGGGGAUAAAGUGCUGAUGACUUGUGUUGGCAUUGGCUUCUCCAACCUCAGCAAGACCCUCAAGUGACACUGUCACAAGAUGAAAGGCCCCAAGGCCUCUAGACACAGCAGAAGCUGCCAAGGAACCAAAGGGACCAAGUUCAUCCAGGACAGGAUGGCCUCUUAUAAGGACUUUUAAAAUUUUCCAUUUAAAAACAAUCAGGAUAUCCGAAUAAAAGACGUCUCUCUA